AUGCUUGACAACGAAGAACCAACCGUUAGUAAACAAACUUCAGAUCCUAAAUAUGUAGGCAAUUUACCUGAUAUGCCACUGGAAGCACUUGUUUUAUAUGAUUCAUCGAAUGAUCGUCGUUGUGUAUCAUCAGUUCGAUUAUUUCUUACUAAAUAUCGUAAAAUUCCAUGUGUUUUAUAUUGUUUAAGUACUGAUAAUUCGCGAUUAUUACAUUCAACAUCAAUAUUUAAUCAUCUUCGUGAUGAAUUAAAACAUGAUUUAGAUACCGAUCAUAUUAUGGGAACUUAUAAUUAUGAAACAGAUCAAAUGGAUCUUAAUUCAACUUUAUCCGAUUUAGGUAAUGGUAUUAUGAUUGAAAUGAAUGAAAUAUAUUUAAUUGGUGAGGUACAAAAUCCUAAUAAAUUAAAACCGGAUAAUUCUGCUAAUGGGUUUUUAAUAGCAUCACGAUUACAUAUUUAUUAUCUACCUGAACAUACAAAAUAUGUACAAGAUUUAGCAAAAUCUUUUAAGAAAAUGAUGGUUAUGACAGUAGAACCAAGUAAAGUAUCUACUUUACAAAUGGUUUGUAAAAAUCAAUAUGGUUAUUAUCUUAGUGCUAUUAAUAUCAAAAAACCAGUUAUUACUGAUCUUGCACUUCAUUAUGGAAAGAAUUUUGUUUCAAUACAUAAUACAAUUAUAAAAAGUUUUAAUAAAAAAGAAGAAAAAGGAAUUGUUCUUUUACAUGGUAUUCCCGGUUCAGGAAAAACACAUUAUAUUCGAUAUUUAAUUCAUGAAGUUGAAGAAAAAAUGUUAAUUUAUGUACCACCUGAUAUGGCAAAAGAAAUUUCGUCACCAGAAUUUCUACCAUUUCUUAUGCAAUAUCAAAAUUCAAUUCUUAUUAUUGAAGAUGCUGAAAAUAUUAUUAAAGAUCGAAAUGAAUCUACAACACCAUCACAAGCUGUUGCUAAUCUACUUAAUUUAUCUGAUGGUUUAUUAGGUGAUGCUAUGCAUCAACAAAUACUUGCUACAUUUAAUUGUGAUUUAACAACUAUUGAUCCAGCUCUAUUACGUAAAGGACGUUUAAUUGCAAAUUAUGAAUUCAAUAAAUUAGAUAUAGAAAGUUCGAAAAUUCUGUCAGAUAAAUUAGGAUUUGGCAUUGAACAUAUUAAUGAGCCAAUGACACUUGCAGAAAUUUACAAUCAUGGUGAAGGCAAAGAAGAAAGCGAAGAAGAAAAAAAAGAAGAAGAAGAAGUUAUUAUAAAAAGACAAACAGGAUCAUCGCGAGGGAGGGGCCGUGGGGGACAUUAUUGUCAGUGA